UUUCCGGCCUAAUACGCGAAAACAACUCAGGUCUGAAAGACGAAGAGGAGAAGCUGCUGCUCGUAAAUAAUUCAACGGCGCCGCUUUCCGAGGUACAGUCAUCAUCUACCAAGUAUUCCCUCAUUUAUAUUCCAAGAGUUGGUGGCUACACUGACAUGGCAUCUGUCCACUAAACGGCUCUGUCUUUAGCCACUGCGAGCACAAACCAUUGGUGUGCAACCACCAUCACCAUGGAAACAGACACAGAAGUUAUUCCUAUCUGGCAGAAUAAGCCUCAUGGAUCCGCCCGCAGUUUUGUGAGAAAAAUAGGCUCCACUCUUCCACUCAGGCCUCCACAAAGGGCAUGUUUCCAGGAACUCCCGGGUCUGCCGCCUCUUCGGCCUAUUCAAGGCCCGAUGGUUCCUACCUUGGCAGACAUAGCCUGGAUUGCCGCAGAUGAAGAAGAGACUUAUGCCAGAGUGCGGGCGGUCGUACGGUUCAUCGCCGUCACCCCAGGCUUCCUGAGCCCCUCCAACCUCUUACCCUCGCGGCGGAAGUUAGGCUCCAACCCCCUGACCCCCGACCUGCUCUCCCCAGACGACACCAGUAUGAGCUUCUCCAUGGCGCCUUUCGAGGCGGCGCCCUACCAGCCGGCCGCCGCGGCUGCCGCUUCCUUUGUGAUCAGUGAUGUCACAGAGGAGGAUGAAGAGGAAGAUGAGGAAGAGGAAGAUGUGAUCUCUGUAGUGUCAGAGCUUGUCCCCGACCCUCUGCCGCCUGUUUCCAUGACGGCUUCAGCGACCUUUGACCUGGACAGACCUAGCAUGGAUUUCCGGGAGGCAGAGGAGGAUACAGUGUCGCUUUCAAAGUCCACCAGCUUUGCUGAUGUCAUGGACAUCCUGAAGGACAUGAACCGCAUGAAGAUGAGCAAAGAAAGGUACAACAGAGGCUGUACGUCCCUCAGGGAGGAGAACUCGGCCUCUCUUAUUUCAGAAGCUCUGAGGAAAAAGUUUGUCCUAAAAGAAGAAGAUACUAACGCUUUGAAACGGAAGUAGCCUGAUCACAUGUUUAUCGUCAAUACCCGAUCCUGCUGCUCCAUGCCUUUUCCUGUGGAAUGUGUACCAAUGGAUCCACAACCUCUCUCCUCAGACCCAAGGCAAUAGCUGUCUGCCAGAGCUAGAACAAAACUGACACUUGGUCCCAGACAAAACCAAAUGUGAGCCUCACAGUGCUGCCGUAGCGUAAGGGGUAUCUAAAACACUCUUGUUAGUAGUAAUCGGUUUCAGCACUGCGCUGCAUAAUUGCCUCCAGUUUAUUUCUCUCUGAAUAAAUUGGCUUUUACAUUUAUUUUCCAACAGUCUGCUGCCUGGAAACUUUCUCUGUGUUCAGGCUGUAUUGAUUUGAGUUUCUUUCUUGUUUUUAUUACACUAUAGCUCAUUGUCCAACCCGCUAUAAAGAAUCCUUGGUUCCUUUUGUAAUUUCUACAGAAGAAAUGCAAGAAAAUUGUUUAAUUUCAGUUGUGUCAAGAAGCCCUUUAACAUACUUGAAAAUACUUAAUGUACAAACCAAGCUGAUCUAUUGUACAUGCAGAUAUGUACUGUAUCUUAUCACAGGGUGUGUGUGUGUGUGUGUCUGUGUGUGGAAAAUACAACUCCAGAUAUUUACUGUUCACAUUUUCAUAACAGUGCACAGCAUAAACAGUGUGUUCCACUGAGCCUUGUAUGCCUGUCCUCUUGUUGGUGAUUUACAUUUGGAUUGAUAGUCACUGAAUCCCACAACACUGAUUUUAAAACCCAAAAUGACAGGAGAAGAAAUAUGCUGAUGAUAUCGUUUGAACUUUGUGGUGUAAAAUGAUAGUGACAGUGAAAUGUGCACCUUUCAUUGUUUGGGUUUUCAAAUACGGUCACUGAGAGAUGCAAGCAUGUACAGGACUUUUUAGACACAUUUCCCCCCCCGGUGUGGAUUGUUUCUGUUUACCAACUAAAACCCCUUAAUAUGAUGCAACAUUAAAGAGGUGAUCUGAGUUUGGGCAAAGACAAACAAGCUAUAGUAAGAGGGCUUUUACAUAAUUCUGUACGCAGUUGGGUGAAAUGCUUGUGUGGGUCAUGAUGAUGAAUAUUCUGGUUGACUCUUUAACACACAUCUAUUGCCUUUUUCCCCGAAGCUUGCUUUUAUUCCCAUAUUAGUCAAAGUGCCAUGGGUUUGCUUUUCUCAGCCCAUCACUCAUUGCCUGCUAUUUCCUGAAUGUGCCCCCCCCCCCCCAUCCUCUACUUCCCAGCUUUUGUGUUUUUAAUAUUGCAAACAUACCAGUUGUGUGGUUAUGCGGAAUGAUGUUUGUUUAAAAAUAACCCCUCACAAGAUUACCUCCUCACGCCACUCCGACUCUGUUUUCUAUCACGUUUAUGCCUAUUUACUUGGGAGUCCUUUAGUGUAGCUUUGAAGUUUGAAAAAUUGAGCUUUGUAAAGAUUGAAACAAGAUUGUGCCCAUAUGUGUGUCGCUGUAUGCAAUGGAGUCAAAGUAUAUUGUCUUGCUUGGCCUUCAUCUUGUCUUUGAUCCUUUUUUAAUUUCCUCACUUAACAAACUGUUGAACACCAUCUAGCUGAGAAGAUGGAGGUAUGCUAGUUCAAACAUAUCGUGUGUCUGUACUUAAGAUGUUGAACCUUACACAGCUUAGUCUGCCAAAUGCUUCACUAGUCCUGGUAAUCAGUUAACAGAGAAUUUAGUUAAUGAGGAUUUUCCAAAGGGAAUUUAUUGACUUUGUUUCAAUUGUUUGUCAAGGGUUUCUAACCAUUGUACCUCUAUGUAGGGUUGAGCCCACCACCAACGUGUGUAUGUUUAUCUUUUGUCAUGUUAGGACUUGUAAAUAAAGAUUGGCUGAUGUUUUGAAACUAA